AUGGAGCAGCCGCUGCUUUUGAGGUCUAAGUUGUCCAUCGUCUAUGGCGUCAACGAGUACGAGCAGCAGCUGAGGGCGAAGAUGUCGCAGAACUCUGAGCUCUCGCAGCUGCAAUCCUUGGCGCCAGACCAGCAGGGAUCAAAGGCUGACGGGAAGAGCGAGAAGGGUCAGCGGGCCUUCCCAACGCCCAACAAGCCAGAUCCCAUGCCGCACGAGUUGGAGUUCCUCUUCACCAGGAUUUCAGUCGAGCAAAUGCUGUACAUGUGGAAUGUGUACUCAGCGCUGUUUGUGGCACAGUGCUCCUGCGUGCUGGCGUAUUGCUUCAUGCUCUCACAGGGCCUGGAUUGGUACCUGGCCACGGCACUGUUCGGUGUGCCCAUGGCAUCCCUCAUGAUCCAGAAUGUCUACAUCUUGCACGAUGUGCUGCACGGAGCCACCUUCCCGCCCUACGAGUGGCAGAAGUACAUCACACACUGCUGGGCCGAUCAGUUCAGCCUGCCCUGGGAGGAGAUUGUGCUUGAGCAUCAGCGGCACCACGCCAGCACUGUGGACCUGCUGGUGCAUGGGGAAUUCGGUUGGGACCCAGCCAGCUGGCUCUAUUACUUGCAGGAAUGGACGGACCAGUGGUACGGCUGGCUGACGGUGCCGCUAGUGCCUCUCUGGCACUUCAUGGGCGCCAACGACACGGGCGCCCUCUUCGCCCUGAUGUGGUACUGCAACUUCCCGGACGCCUCCGGCGGCAAGUGCAACAAAGACUUCUGGACCAAGUGGAUGCCGAAGCGCCUGGGCCACAGCCUUUUCGUGGGCUCGCUGUGGGCCUGUGUUUGGCUUUUGGGCACCUGGCCGCUGAGCCGGCCGCUCUCCGAGGGCUGGCGCUUCUUGUUGCCGGUGACACUGGUGUGCCGCUUCGGCUUCACCGUGGCUUGGACCUUCUUCACCAACUUCAACCACUCCCACUGGUGGAACGAAUUCCUGGCGCUGAACCCCAACCGCAGCUACCCCAUGCUGUCGUCGGUGAUGGCCUUCGUCUUGGGGGGCAGGCACCGCUUCAACGAGAUGCUCUUCCAUGAUCUUCACCAUGCCUUCCCCAACGCUGUGGGCGCCCUGAGCCAGCGGGGCCGCUUUCACGGGUGGGAGAAGGUCCACGAUGCGGCUGUGGAGGUCUUGAGCCAUGGGCUUUUCCUGCCCCAGCCGGAGGACCACCAGGAACCACCUAUGCAGAAGCUCCAGCACAAGCGCUCCAUGCACCUGAAACCAUCCACCUAA